GCCGACGAAGUCAUCAUAAUGAACAGAGAGUUGUGUAACAGUAGAAUCACUGACAUGAUACCGGAAUUGGUUGACGUGGCCUUAACCUGCCAUGGUGCCUACACUCCAGCACUUCCAAUGUCGGCGUGUAAUGAUAAUACGGACUUGGGGCAAGAACCUGAUGGCGCAAUGGAUAUAUUUGGACACAACAAUGUCAACCCAGUCAUUAAGAUGUUUCCCAAACUGAUCAGCAUGCUGGAAUGGAACAUAGUGUCCAUAUUUCACGACUAUGGAAUGGCACAGGCAGUUACAACUCUCUCUGACACGCUGUCUUCGAAAGGGAUAAAGGCUGUCACGUACAUUAUCGAUGGUGACGUGACAUCGGAUGCCUCAUACAGACAGCUGUUGUCACUCUAUAACAACACCACGGCUAAGAACAGGAACCUCCUCAUUAUGUGCCAAGUGGACUGUUUCAACAAACUGCUCAAACAGGCGAACGUGUUUGACAAAAGGAAUCAGAACAGGACAGCGAUCUGGAAGUUUUCAAAAUGGCUCAUCUAUCAAGAAAAUGUCUCAGAAGUGUGUCUUACCCAUGACCUUGGAAUAGACAAUCUUGCUUUGGUCACGGUGCCGCUGCCGAAAUCAAGUGGAUCCUUUAGUUAUAUUAAAUAG